AUGGUUCUGACUUACGCUGGCCUGGGCUCGCUCUUCUUCCCGGGGCUCUUCGCGUUCAGCGUCUGGGCGCUGCGCCGCUUGCGGCCGGAAUGGACCUUCCUCGACUGCGUGAUCAUCCGCACCAGGCUGGUCUCCUCCGUGCAGGCUGUGCUGGCCACGGGGUCAGGGAUCAUCAUCAUCUGCUCCUGCCGCAACGCGGUCUCAGACAGGCACUGGCUGUCCCGAGAAUACGUCUGGUUUUUGAUUCCAUACAUGAUCUGUGACAUCUGUGCCAUGUACCUCUGUGAAUGGUGCCGAACCAGAGACCAGAACCUCAGGCGCGCCAUCAUUUUUCGAAACUUCCUGAGUGAAAACCGCCUCCUGAUCACACAUCAUAUGGUCAUUCUGUUGAUCCUUGUGCCUGUUACACAGAAGCUCCGGGGAGAACUUGGGGACUUCUUUGUUGGCUGCAUUUUCACAGCAGAACUGAGCACGCCAUUUGUGUCACUGGGCAGAAUUCUGAUUCAGCUGAAACAGCAGCACACCUUUCUGUACAAGAUCAACGGGAUCUUCACGCUGGGCACCUUCUUCUGUUGUCGGAUCCUCCUCUUCCCCUUCAUGUACUGGUCGUAUGGCCAGCAGCAAGGACUGAGCCUGCUCAAAGUGCCGUUCAACAUUCCGCUGUCUUGCAACAUGGCCAAUGCCUUCCUCAUCGCUCCCCAGCUCUACUGGUUCUCUCUGCUGUGUAAGAAGGCAGCCCGGCUCUUUGACACUGCCAAAGCCAAGAGAGAUAGUUAAUUACUCCAGGCGGUGACUGGAUCGCCUCACACUAGCUGCCACAUAGACUCAGUAUUCCAAAUUGUGAGCCAAAUUAUGCCCUGGGUGACCUCAGCCUUUUGGGUGUUGAUAAGGAAAAGGAUUUGCAUGUUUUAUUUUAUUUUAUUUUUUUAAUAUUCCUAUUAUCUCCCUCUUCUAACUUGCCCCUUUUGCAAAAGCACUUGUGUCUUGGUAACAACUUUUGGAUUCUAUGAGACCACUGCAACAAG